AUGCGACUGAGCGUCUCCCUGGGGUUGGCGUCCUUAUGGACUGCCAUUGGCGCCACGGCCCUCAAUGUCUCGCAGACGAACAGCUCCAUCACCCUCGCCAACGACCGACUGACGGCGAUCUUCUCGAAUGCAGGAAAAGUGGUCGAUCUCUAUCUCGACGGUCAAGAUCUUCUGGGCCCGGCGUCUGGCUCCACCGGUGUUGGUCCGUAUCUGGACUGCUACUGCACCCCGAAGGGAUUCUAUACUGCCGGGUCUACCACUCCCCGCAUGGAGGUGGUGCAGGGGACCGAUGCGACGGGCACACAAUACGCAGGAGUCAUCUUGAACGACACGUAUACGCCCACCGGCCAGCAGUUCCAGCAGUACUGGUUCCUUCGCGAUGGAGAGACCGGCCUGCACAUGUUCAGCCGGCUGGCUUACUAUAACGAAACGACUCCGUUCCUGCGCAACCUGCAGGAGUUCCGCACGCUCUUCCGGCCGAACACGGAUCUGUGGACGCACUUGACCUCUAGCGAGCUGCAGACUGCCCCUUUGCCCAGCGACGAGGCUGUUGGCAAGCAAGUCGUGGUGCAGGAUGCUACGUGGCGAUUCAACAACACCCCCAACGACGCCUACUACACUCAGUUCUCGGAGUACUUCACGAAGUACACCUUUUCAAACGCGUGGCGGGACAACAACGUGCACGGGCUCUACGCUGACGGGUCUACCUCGAAUGGUACUACGUUUGGAGCCUGGCUUGUGAUGAAUACUAAGGACACAUACUACGGUGGCCCCCUGCAUUCCGAUCUGACCGUAGACGGCAUCGUAUACAACUACAUCGUGUCCAACCACCACGGAGAGGGGACGCCCAACAUCACGAACGGAUUCGACCGCACCUUCGGCCCGCAGUUCUACCUCUUCAACGGCGGAGGCUCCUCCAGCCUAAAUGAGCUGCGAUCCGAGGCCGAGUCGCUCGCGGAUCCGUCGUGGAAUGUUGAGUUCUACGACUCCAUCGCCAAGCACGUCGUUGGAUAUGUGCCCUCCAGCAAACGAGGCAGCGUCCAAGGACAGAUCAAGCUUCCGCGCGGUGCUACGCGUCCGAUCGCCAUUCUCACCGUCGAUGGUCAGUACUUCCAGGACAACUCGGUCGACCCGCGCUCCUACCAGUACUGGGUGGAGAUGGACGCGAAUGGAAAGUUCCAGUUGGACCAUGUCGUCGAGGGAAAGUACCGACUCACGGUCUACGCGGAUGGCAUCUUUGGCGACUACGUUCGCGACGGGGUUCAGGUGCGUGGUCGCAAGACCACUCGAAUCAACGAUAGCUGGCAGCCCGAAUCGGCCGGUGUCGAGGUUUGGCGGUUGGGUACUCCGGACAAAUCCUCGGGAGAGUUCCUCCACGGCGUCGCGCGCGACCCGACGCAUCCUUUGCAUCCGCCAGAGUAUCUGAUCUAUUGGGGGGCCUACGACUGGCAGCAGGACUUCCCUAACGGAGUCAACUACACCAUCGGAAGCAGUGAUCCCGCCACGGACUUCAACACCGUGCACUGGUCGGUGUUUGGCCCAACCCCGGACAACCCGGAUGUCGAAUACGAUACUACCCACGACUGGGCCAUCAAUUUCUCGCUGACGAAGAAGCAACUGCAGAAGCGCAAGACCGCGACGCUCACGAUCCAGCUUGCGGGAGCCAAAACCGCCUCUGGGAACACGGACGUGUAUAAGCCGGACGAGCCGUACACCAACCUGGCGCUGGAGAGUUAUAUCAACCAGCAGGAGGAGCCCUUGACCAUGCUGAUCGGGUUCAACCAGUCGAGCAGUUGCAUCGUGCGGUCUGCCGUUAGUUGCUACCAGGUCCGGUCGCGCAUGACAUUCCCUGCGGACUGGCUCCAGGUGGGAUCAAACACGCUGACUUUGCAUCUGCCGCGGAAUGCGACGGACGUGGAGGAUGCUAUCCUGCCCGGGACGGUGUAUGUGCAGUAUGAUGCGUUGCGAUUGGAGCUGUCUUAG